AUGAAUAUGAAAGUGUCGAAUUCAAGUAACUCCUCUACGGAUAUUUGGGAAUCUGCUGUCCCACCUGCUCUACAGUUUGCUUUUGGCGUCAUCGGAAAUGUUAUAGCACUUGUUGUGCUGAUUUACUCUUCCAAAAACCAUCAAUGGCGACCAUUUUACAGACUUGUUUUUGGAUUGGCCAUAACUGAUGGUGGUGGAAUUCUUCUGGUUUAUCCUACAGUAAUGAUUCGUUACGCUUCAAACUUUACAUUCCAGUUUCCCACAGAGCUUUGUGAUUACAGUUCCUUUAUAUACACAUUUACGUUGAUAUCAUCUGCAAUGAUCAUAUGUGCAAUGUCCUUUGACCGAUUUUUUGCUAUGGUUUAUCCCUUUCUGUACAACUCCGGGAACAAAGGUCGUCGAACAAACUGUUUUCUUCUUUCCAUUUGGUUAACUGGACUUCUAUUGUCUACCCUCCACCUAAUGGGUUUAGGGUCCAGCUAUAAUUACUAUCCUUAUUCCUGGUGCUUUCUCAACUUCGUGGGAGGGACCACCGAAGAUCGUAUAAAUUCUUAUAUAUAUUCCAUCUUUGGAUUCCUUAUCUUGAUCUGUACCCUUUUCCUAAAUAUAUCUGUGAUCUUUAAUGUGUGUAGAAAAAUGAGACGGGGCCAUAAGACAUCAAGAGGACGAAGCGUGAAGAAUGAUGUCUACAUUGUUUUCUUUUUACUGGUCAUCGUCGUUAUCUUCACCACGUGCUGGGCCCCACUCAUGAUUGUCAUUUUUGCACAUGCUGCAUCUUUAAUGGAAGCAUCAGAUAAAGAAGGUCGCCAGUUAGAACUUCUUGCUUUAAGAUUCGCAGUGACCAAUUCUAUUAUAGAUCCUUGGAUAUAUAUUUUACUAAGAAAAGAGACUCUUGUUGGGCUAAGAAAACUUAAACGAGCGAUGCUAAACAGAUUAAAGGUUGUCAACGAUUCUAUCCAUGAUAACAAUAUUAGUAGAAAUUCAUGGAGAGAACGCUGUCCGUAUCCAGUAAAAGUAACGCAAAGUGGGUCAAGGACAAAUACAGAGAGCAGGAGAACAGAAGAAUCUAGUGUAAAGCCAAAUUCUUUGGAGGAAGCUAAAGUAUUUACAAUUACGAAGGGUACCUGUCUCAACCAUUCUCUUUAACAAGAUACAAUUCAUUCUCUACCAAUUAGAUUUGCAUAGUAGAAGAUUAAACAACAGCGCUUACUGGAAAAGAAGUAUGAUGUGUUUUUUUUA